CUCUCUCUCUCUCUCUCUCUCUCUCUCUCUCUCUCUCGAAUGCGAGCGACCCUUAGGUGGGGGUGCAGGGAGCUAAGAGAAGUGACAGUUGCUUUUCUCUUUUACUUCCCCCCACCCUCCCCCUCUUUACCUUCUUCAUCAUCAUCAUCAUCCGCCUCGGCAACAGCAGCUUCAUCGGUAGCACAAGCUGAGACAGAGUCCGUCGACAAGGAAUAAGCUGUGCGCAUCUUCAGGAGGUGCUUCACUUCAGGGGGGGAAGAUGGGGAAAUGGCAGCUGCAGAUCAACAAAUGUAAGGAUCAAGAUAUCCGACAAAAUCUGCUUUUAUGACACAAACCCUGCUUUAUGCAUUAGUAGGAACUAAUUAAAGAACAAAAGACUACCCAGUUUGACGGCCAGAAAAAAAAUAUGGAUAUAUCUUCAUCCUCGCUCCAGUAUGGAUCAAAAAAGCGGGUCAAGAUUCACCCCAACACAGUCACAGUUAAAUAUGCCACUCACUUCCCCCAGCCUGGUGAUGAAGGGUAUGAUGAUGCUCCCUCUUUUGAGGAUUUUGGCACCUUUGCAGAUCCAAAUGUCGGAAAAAGACUGGUGUCUGACACUAAAGGGGGCAGGACUUUCUUUGGAACCAUGGAGACCCAGCCGAAGCAGCCAAGUGUGCCAAGAGACAAGGGUGUCGGAGGCCAGCUGGCAAGCUUCGGUGAAGCGAAUGUGCUGGCGUCCAGAGUGACCUGGAUGGCCCUAUUUGGGGCAGCUGUGGCUCAUGGUUGUGUGGCGCUGAUUACUCGUCUGGCAGCAGACCGUUCUAAAGUUCCCUCCCUUGAGCUACUCUUCAUCCGCUCUGUGAUCCAAGUGCUGUCAAUCCUGGUGGUCCUCUACUACCACGAGGCCCCCUUUGGCCCCAAGGGCUACCGACUUCGUCUCUUCUUCUACGGUGUCUGCAACGUUAUCUCGAUCACUUGCGCCUACACUUCCUUUGCCAUAGUACCGCCCAGUAAUGGCACCAUCAUGUGGCGUGCCUCCACCACAGUCUUCAGUGCAAUACUGGCCUUCCUGCUGCUGGAUGAAAGGCUGGGCUACACAGAUGUAGUCACCGUGGUGGGAAGUGUGUUCGGUCUGUGCCUGGUCAUGGUGCCAAAUAUAGCAGAUGAGGAAAAGUCCAGGCUGGGGUUUUGGAAGGAGGCCUUUGGCUACACAAUGACAGUGAUGGCUGGCUUGACCGCUGCUCUGUCCAUGAUCGUCUACAGAGCCAUCAAGGAGCGCGUUAGUAUGUGGACGGCACUCUUUACCUUCGGCUGGACGGGCACGGUGUGGGGUGCCUCCACCAUGUUUAUCAUGCAGGAACCCAUCAUUCCUCUGGAUGGGGAGACCUGGGGUUAUUUAAUUGGGAUCUGUAUCUGCUCCACUGUUGCAUUCCUCGGAGUCUACUAUGCUCUAAAUAAGUUUCAUCCAGCCUUAGUUAGCACCGUGCAGCACCUCGAAAUCGUGGUUGCCAUGCUUCUGCAGCUCAUUGUGCUGAGAAUGAUCCCAUCUGUGUACGACGUCAUUGGAGGCCUGGUUAUCAUGGUCAGUGUGUUCACUCUGACAGGAGUUAAGCUGUACAGAGUCAGCAGGGCAAUUCGGCAGGAUUAUCAAGAGAUCUUAGACUCGCCUAUUAAAUGAAUUUAAAUAUGUCAGUCUAUUUGUUUACAAUGUUGCUUGGUUGUGCAAUUUAAAGAAUGUCUGGAUCUUCAUCAAAUGGUUUUGUAUUGUGCUGUUGAAAGAGUGCCAGUUGUGUAACUAAUGUCUUAAUAUUUGUGUGUGAAAUAAAAGACAAAUGUAACACAGUGACCACUUCCCUCCAGUAGUGCUGCAUUCAUGUCAGACAGUAUCACAAAGUAAAGUAUGAGUAAAAAAAAAAAGGUAAGAAUUAAUCUAAUUUGUGUCAUUUCCUGUGCUCUAGUAUAUAAAAUCGUAUGGAGCAUGAUGAAUCUGGUUUUCUUUUCUGCAGCAUAAAGCCAUAAUAUGAACAAGGUGUGUAAAUAACUGCUGUCGUUCUGCCAAACUGUGAAAAUGUAAGCCCAGAAAACAUUUAUAAAUUAAAUAAAUUAUUGAACAUGAAUAUAAGAACACAUUUUAAUAUGGUCACUGGUAUUAAUUUUCAAGCCUUAAUCUUUUGCCAGCAAAGAGAGCUAUUUUUUCCAAAUCAUGAUUAUUAGACUAUUAGAUCAAAUCCUUACAAUUAAACAAAGUACUGUCCAAGUAGAUUCUAAGAUUAUUGGCAAAACAAGCAGAAUUAUACUGCUAUCUCACAGCCAUUUAAGUUCAGUCUGCAGUUCUGGCCCUGUCGGCUAGUUGAUACUUAACACUGGUGAUUACUUCCUUGGACAUGGCUUCUGUUUGCUUUCAGAUGCAUGUCAAACUAAUGCCCAGAGGCAGGUGCACUGUAUUGAAUUAAAGUCCCCUUUAACAACGUAAAGCAGUCUGCUUUUUUUAUAUUUGCCGAGUCGGUGGCUCACCAGUGACGUAUACUUUCUCCUUUUAGCAAACCAAGCUUAGAAACGCAGUCUCUGUAAAUUCUCCCCACAGGCAAAGCAACAGUGAUGGCAUGAAAUAAAGACACAAUGAUGAUGAAAAGUGGAUGAAAGAGGACAUGUUGCUAGGUCAGAACUGCAACAAAAGGCUUACUUUGGAAACAGCCCAGCAGGUGGCAUUCAUGAUCUACUGCGGUUCUCUAACAGCCAGCAGUAGAGG